AUGGACGCAGCCUCCUCCGAAUUGAUCCACUUCGUCGUCGUUCCGGUCGAAACUGUAGUGGCUUGCAUCUACGUACUGGACAACAUCGUCGAAUCCCUUCCUACCGAUGUACUAGAUACCCAUCAGGACCAUCAGGACGCUCAGUGCCUUCAAACGCUUAUUGCAAAUGGCAGAAGCUUAAUUAGCGACAUCGAACCAUGGCCUCUUGUGGUAAAAGAGAGUUCUCUCAAGCACCGCACAGUCAGUGAACUACAUGAAGUCGCUUCAUCUUGGCUAGAGCGUUCUCCUCUGUUCCGAUCAGAUCUUGAUGAACUCGGAGAAUAUUUAGAGUUGCUACCUGGCUUCUCCACCAACGGCAUAAAGGUGAAAGAAAACGGGACUAUGGGAAAUCCCUGGAUCGUCCUCCUCGAGCAGGACGAGAGAAGGCGCUGGUAUGAUUCUUCGUGCCAUCAGAUGGAAUUGCUCAAGAAUUCAGAGGGAAACAAGCUGCAAUAUCGCCGGUUCUUGACUCAAUUCAUGUGGAUGCGAGAAAAUGCCCCAAAAAGGAUGUUCGCCAAGGAGUUUAGUGGAAAGUAUCAGGAACGUACCUUAGAUACAGAGCGUAGAGACGUGUUGCGACAGGACAAGAGCCUGAGCGCUGUCACUGAGUCCUCCACCGUCAUCAUGAAUACCCCAUCGACUUCUCGUAGUAUCUCCCCGGACCUCACUGAGCACUCGGACAACAUCACCAGCAAUAUGACUGAGCAACAGGCUGUCCUUCCACCAACCCUCAAGUACAUCGCCAUCAUUGAGACCAAUACCAACAAGGCUUUCUUCAAUUUCGAUCCCUCAGACAUUAAUGAGAAGAAGCGAGAGAUCCUUAACAGUGCGAAGGACAUGUGUACUCAGAUGGUAUCUAAAGGCUACGGAGGCAAAGUCAAGCUGCAGGACAUCAUGGACAUAGUUGUCGACAUGGCAAAGUAG